AUGGCUGCGUCGCCUGCUACCGGGGCCGUCGCCACGGGCACCGCCUUUCCCUACCGCCCGGUGGUCAUUCUGGCUUUGGUCCUCACUACCAACGGUUACACGCUGUCCAACCUCUUCCCGUAUGUGGGGACGAUGACGAUGCACCUCUUGGGUCUCUCCACUACCAACGAGUCAGGCUACUACGCCGGCUACGUCGCGAGCUCGUUCACGUUUGGCCGAUUCUUGACCGCCUAUGUAUGGGGGAAUGCGGCGGACACAAUCGGGCGAAAACCCGUGGUGAUUGUGGGCCUGUCGAGCAUCAUGGCGUGCUCCGUGGUCUUCGGGCUUUCCACCAGCUUUGCGAUGGCCGUUGGGUCGAGGUUCGUGCUGGGACUGACGAACGGAAUCAUGCCUGCCGUGCGGACCUUGACGCGCGAGGUUUGCGGGCCUGAGCACGUCGUGUCGGGAAUGAACUACAUCGCCGGUUCGAAAGGCGUGGGUCUCGUGAUGGGCACAGCGAUCGGUGGUCUGCUGGCGCAGCCUGCGUCAACCUACCCGGGUGUGUUUUCUGCUACCGGGGUGUUCGCAAGGUACCCCUUCCUGCUUCCAAACCUGGUUGGGGCAGGGUUUGCUCUCGUCAUGCUCGCUCUUGUUAUUGUUUUCCUGCCGGAAACGAGAACGUCCAACAAGGCAGACGCCCGAGCUGCCCCUCGCCGUGAGGCUUUUCCCGCCGCCAACGCAAUUUCUGUGGCCGGGAGGAAGCUACGAAAAAGCAGCAGGAGUCAGCUGGAGUACAAACCCCUCAAGGACAACGAGGAGGCCGACAGCGAGCAGCGGAAGUCCGCUGUCAGCAACUACAGGUCAACAAAAUAUCGCGAUGCGGCCUCUCCUACCGGCACAGAGCUCGUGCUCCAGGGAAAGAGAGGCAGGAUGGCCACGAAUCGCUACGAACCUUUGAAGGACGACGGAGAGCGGGGCAUCCAGAACGAUCCAACGGACAACAGUUGUCCCGGCGAAGGCGAAGGAGAAGACGUACCGGGUCCGUCCCGCGCCGAAGAAAUAGAGCCUGGGAUGUGUGAGGCCGGCGGAUUGCUGUCGACACCGAACGUCAAGAUGGUCAUCUUCAUCGCAGCGAUGGCUCAGAUGUCAUCAAUUGGAUUCGAUGAGGUCUAUCCUCUCUGGGCGGUCAGCACCACCGACGUUGGAGGCCUGGGCUGGGCCCCCGUGCAGAUCGGGAAGGCAUGUAUCCACGCUCGCGGUGUUCGGUAUCCCUGGUGGUGAAGAAGGUCGCUUUGUUUUUUUAUCUUAACAUCAGCGAACAGGCCCUGGUGUUGACACCCCGGCAAACGCGCAACGUGUCUGUGCAUACAUGUUCUCGCGGUCUGCAGUGCCGUGUGCCUCACGACGUAAGAAGGAUGCAGCCGCGUCAACAUUGGAAACGCCUGCAGGUGGACAUCGUCAUUUUUUGUACCGUUUUCACUUCCGCUUGGCGCUUCUCAUGUCCACGGUCGUUUUCGCCUCGUCUAUGUCCGUCCAGGUUUUGGUCGUGACAGGCACGCUCUUGGCGAUCUGUACGUUGGGCA